CUGGACGUUGGUAUAAAGUAUGGGGGUGAUCAGGAUGCUGGUAUGGGGUAUGGCGGUGAUCAGGACGCUGGUAUGAUGCUGAUCAGGAUGCUGGUAUGGGGUAUGGCGGUGAUCAGAAAUGCUGGUAUGGGGUAUGGCCAUGACCAGGACGUUGGUAUGGGGUAUGGCCAUGAUCAGGACGCUGGUAUGACCUACGGGGUGAAUGCUAGUAUAGGGUAUGGUGGUGAUCAGAUGCUAGCAUUGGCUAAGGCGGUGAUCAGGAUUGGCUAAGGCGGUGAUCAGAACGCCGGUAUGGGGUAUGGCGGUGAUCAGGAUGCUGGUAUGAGGUAUGGCGGUGAUCACAAUACUGGUAUGGUGUAUGAUGGAAAUCAAGGCACUGUUAUGGCAUAUGGCGGUGAUCAGGGUGCUGGUAUGUUGUAUGGCAGUGAUCAGGGUGCUGGUAUGGGGUAUGGCGGUGAUCAUGGCGCUGAUAUGACAUUUGGCAGUGAUCAGAACACUGGUAUGG